CAAAAAUCUACGUUAUUUGACCAUUGAAAGAAAAAUAAAAACAAGAUUGAUUUGUAUGUAUAUAGUUUAAUCGCUGACAUUUUGGCGCCUUUUUCAGACUCCUAAAUAAAAACCCGCAUAUUUGUACAGAACACAGAUCCUUCAAACCUUCAAAUUUCCCGCAAUUCUCUGAUGACGUUAAGACUUCUGAAUGGCUGACGGCUCCAAUGGCAGUUAAAGGGCUAGCACGAGCUUCACUCUGAUUGGCCGGACCAGAUCGAGCGCCAAGAACGAAAUAAAAAGGAGCAGCUGGAGCAGAUUCAGACACUCUUUUCCCUCCAGUGUACAGGCUUCGCAUCUUCCUUUUUAUUUUCCUUGUCUAUCUUCUUGUUUUUACCUCGCUUUGUACUUGAUUUUAUUUGCUUUAAACGUAACAAUGAUGUCUACUCGCUCUCCCCUCAAAUCCAAGAAUGAGAAUGGCGUUUCCGUUAAGUUGGGCAGCAUGUCUCUGGGAGAUAAAGAAAACACGCCACCAAGUUUGAACUCGACCCGAAUUCUGGCCUCCAAAACCGCGCGGAAAAUCUUUGAGGACUCUGAGAAGCCAAAGGUCAACAAAGGAGGUGUUGAGGAAGAGCCUCUUCUGAAGGAAAAUCCACGUCGCUUUGUCAUCUUCCCCAUUCAGUACCAUGACAUCUGGCAGAUGUACAAGAAGGCAGAGGCCUCUUUUUGGACCGCUGAAGAGGUUGACCUCUCCAAAGACCUCCAGCAUUGGGAGUCCUUAAAAGAUGAAGAACGAUAUUUCAUUUCUCAUGUGUUGGCGUUCUUUGCUGCAAGUGAUGGCAUUGUCAAUGAAAAUCUAGUGGAGCGCUUCACUCAGGAGGUCCAAGUGACGGAGGCACGCUGUUUUUAUGGCUUCCAGAUUGCUAUGGAAAACAUUCACUCUGAGAUGUACAGUCUGCUUAUUGACACGUACAUCAAGGAUUCCAAAGAGAGGGACUACCUCUUCAAUGCAAUUGAGACUCUUCCUUGUGUGAAGAAGAAGGCUGACUGGGCCCUGAACUGGAUUGGCAACAAAGAUGCACAAUAUGGUGAGCGAGUGGUGGCCUUUGCUGCUGUGGAGGGAAUCUUCUUCUCUGGCUCUUUUGCUGCAAUUUUCUGGCUUAAGAAGAGGGGUCUGAUGCCAGGCCUUACCUUCUCCAAUGAACUAAUCAGCAGAGAUGAGGGGCUUCACUGUGACUUUGCCUGUUUAAUGUUCAAGCACUUGGUGAACAAGCCUUCAGAAGCAACUGUCAAGAAAAUCAUUGUGAAUGCAGUUCAGAUUGAGCAGGAGUUCCUGACCCAGGCUCUACCGGUUAAACUGAUUGGCAUGAACUGUGACUUAAUGAAGCAGUACAUUGAAUUUGUGGCCGACAGGCUUAUGUUGGAGCUGGGCUUCAGCAAGAUAUAUAAAGUAGAGAAUCCAUUUGAUUUCAUGGAAAACAUUUCCUUGGAAGGCAAGACAAACUUUUUUGAGAAAAGAGUAGGAGAAUACCAGCGCAUGGGAGUCAUGUCAGGACCCACAGACAACACCUUCCGGCUUGAUGCUGACUUCUAAGCUAUGUUUUGAGUGAAUGGACGUUAUGAACAUUAACACUUGAAGAGGUCAUUGAACUUUAAAUGACUUCCAUAUUUUACUUGCACCAUUUUCUCAGUGGGACUAAGAAAUGCUGCAACAACUUUUGUACAUUGCUGUAUGAUUUUGUUUGUUAUAACAAAUGCAGUUUAGCACAGGUUUUUUUUAUUUUUAUUUUUUUUUUAUUUUAUAAAUUGUGCAGUUGGGGAAAGGGUUUAUUUAUAGCUUGCACAAACGCCAUAUUUACUGCUUUUGAUGUACAAACUGCUUAUGAAUUUCCUUUAAACCCAGUCCUGUUCCCUUACCCAACUGUUUCUGUUAAAUGUAAAUAAAAUUCUAAUUUUA